UAUUAGUCAGCUGCACACUUGCCUGCACAUCUCGUGGCUCUCGUCAAUUCCUCAAACCCUUCCUUCUCCAUCAAUCAAGUGUCAAUUGUCUUUCCUCCAUUGACGACGAGAUGUCGAAUCGUGUCUUUAAAAAGGUAUUUGGUGGAGGGGACGAGCUGGGGGCGGUUUCACCCACGUCGGAAGAUGAAGCCCCCGUCGCAUUGUUCACCAAGAGUAAAAAAGCACUGACAAUUAACCCAUACCAGCUGCUGAACGAUGACCUGUCCGAGUCUGAGGAGAAAGGUGGUGACGAUGAAGAUGCUGCUGCGGCUGGUGCAGAAGAAGAUUCGUCCAAACCAGAUGACGAUAACUCCCAGGCCACCACGACCAAGAAGAAACGGCGAAAGAAACGUCCAGGCAAAAAGAAGAAUGAUAACAAUGACCGGGUGGGUGGAGGGAGUAGCGCAGUGGACACGGAAUUAGAGGACGCUGAAGAAAGUCAAAGACAAAAACAGCAAAAGGCAACCACACGACCAACUCGAAAGAAUGAAUCAGACGCAGUGAGUAGCAGCAGUGGGAAAACAGCAUUCGAAGAGCUGUUUAAGAUCGACUCAAAAUAUCUGAAUUCUGAAUUUGAGCUCAAAAGGAUUUUUGGAUCGAAAGUUAUCAAUUAUGAACGAAGCAAAGCGGGCCAACGCCGCAUCUAUCGACACAGUAAACUAGUCAUGCCGAAAGAGCAGUGGCCUUCCGUAUCCGGCUCUGGAAUAUCCAUGUCGUACUUGAAUACGGUGGACGGCUAUCCCUACUUCAAAUUUGAUCACAACCUUCAUUAUCAAGACGUCCAAAAAGAAUUCAUGCGUGCUGUAGAUACGCUGAAUCCUGACAAUAUUGUCAGCAUUCUACGACUCCAUCCGUACCACAUUGAUUCCCACAUUCAGCUUUCUGACAUGGCGAAAUCAGCGGAGGAUAUGUCAGUCGCUGCGGAUCUCGUCGAAGGUGCGAUACAUUGCUUGGAAAAUGCAUUUCAUGUUCGGUUUUGUCUUAAUAACCCGGCUUGUCGACUGGAUUACAAGUUCCAAGAGAAUCGCCCCUUCUUCAUCCUGCUCUUCAAACAUUUAGUAUUCGUGGGACAACGAGCUUGUCACCGGACUGCGUUGGAGCUGUGCAAACGUCUUUUGUGCCUCGACCCGGUGUCAGAUCCACUAUGUGCGACGUUAAUGAUUGAUUUUUACGCUCUCAAGGGAAAUGAAGCUCAAUGGUUCGUCGAUCUGUAUCGCUUUUGGGAAAAACCAAAAAAUCUUGACCAACUUCCAAACUUUUCCUAUUCCAUUGCACUUGCUCAUCAUCUACUUUCUCUCAAAGAGAAUCCUGAAAUCGAGUUGUCUCAAAAAGCCGACGCUCUUAUCCAAUAUGCUGUGCUCAUGUUUCCUUCCGUGCUACUACCACUUUUGGAGAAAGUAGGCGUCCAGAUUGAUAACCGUGCCAAACAUCACAAUUAUUUAAAUAGCUUCGCUCAAUCCAGUCAGUCUCGAUCCCUUCGUCUCCUUUGCGAACUCUACGUAUGGAGAACUCACCAUGUGUGGAAGGAACCUAGCGUGCUAGGCUGGUUGGAGAAAAAUGUGACAAUCAUCCUGGACCGGGUCGAUGCGUCAGAUCCAGUUGUCAAGGACUAUGAAGGGAAAAGGAAACGACGUUAUCUGGCCACAACGCCCAGAAAUAUUUUACGCCACGUCCUUCUCACAGAUAACAAAGACCUUACAUUUAACUUUCCGCCCGAAUUGAGUAAAGAGCCAAUUUUAAACUACGAUCCACUGCCACCCCCUGACGCUGUUGACAUUUACAACAUGAAGGAAUUUCAGACCAGACGGACCAGGACGGGGACUGGUCGAGGGGGAAUUCUCAACAUGUUAUUGGACUCACUUUGGAACGACCUAAAUGCAGUUCCACCCAAUGACCAACCACCACAACUGGGGGCAGCUGAGCGUCCUCCUGCACGACUUGCAGCCGCCGACGGUGAGAAUCCACCCAUAGCCUUGGGAGCAGGUCUACAACAAAGUGUGACCGCUCUCCUCGACGCCAUGCGAGAUUUGCUAACCAACGCAAAUGGACGACCGGAGGGUGAAGCAGCGGAUGGAGAAGACUCUGCCACAGAUGCUGAUGCUCGUGAAGAUUAGCCGACAAAAAUUCUACAUCGCUCAAUAAGUAUGCAAUUUCUUCUUUUGGUAUGUAAAUAAAUUAAGCAGGGAUGCUGCAACUUGUA